CUUUUUACAACUUCUAGUCCUACCCUUUAAAAAAAAAAGUAAGAAAAUAGCCCACGAUAACGACAUGGCAGCCGCUGUGGCUCCCCGAACACUUCGGAGGGAUGAAGUCAACUAUAACUUACAUUUCCGAAGGAUAAACGAGCAACAAGUGGACGAUAUCAGCCUUGAGUUCUUCUAUAAGCCACACACCAUCACACUGCUGACAGUCACUGUGCUCAGCCUCAUGUACUUUGCGUUUACAAGGGAUGAUGAGCACGCUGACAACAACCUCCGAGUUGGUCUUUUGGUGGUUGUCUCCUUCUUCUUGGUCGUUAGUGUCCUGGCCUUUCCUAAUGGACCUUUUACGAGGCCACACCCUGCAAUAUGGCGAAUGGUGUUUGGCCUCAGUGUUCUGUACUUCCUGUUUCUUGUCUUCCUCCUCUUCCUCAACCGGGACCAAGUAAAGUUAGUGAUGUACUGGCUGGACCCAAAUCUGCGCUACGCCAAACGGGAAGCCGAUAUCAUGGAAUAUGCUGUGAACUGUACAGUGAUAACAUGGGAGCGGAUCCUGAGCCACUUCGACAUCUUCGCAUUUGGCCACUUUGCAGGCUGGGCCAUGAAGGCUCUGCUCAUCCGCAGCUACGGCCUCUGUUGGACCAUCAGCAUCACCUGGGAGCUCACUGAGCUGUUCUUCAUGCACCUGCUGCCAAACUUUGCAGAGUGCUGGUGGGAUCAGGUGAUACUGGACAUAUUAUUGUGUAACGGAGGAGGCAUCUGGCUGGGUAUGACCGCCUGCAAGUUUCUGGAGAUGAGGACCUACCACUGGGCCGGCAUCAAGGAAAUCCACUCAACCACAGGGAAGAUAAAGCGAGCCGUGCUCCAGUUCACUCCAGCCAGCUGGACUUAUGUGCGCUGGUUUGACCCAAAGUCCUCCUGCCAAAGGCUAGCAGGCAUCUUCCUCUUUAUGAUCCUCUGCCAGCUGACAGAGUUGAACACAUUCUUCCUCAAGCACAUCUUCGUCUUCCAGGCGUCUCACCCUCUCAGCUGGUGUCGCAUCCUCCUCAUUGGAGCCAUCACUGCACCCACCGUACGACAAUAUUAUGCAUACCUGACUGACACUCAGUGUAAAAGAGUUGGCACACAAUGCUGGGUGUUUGGGGCCAUCACUUUCCUCGAGGCUCUUGCUUGUGUGAAGUUCGGUCUCGACUUGUUUUCCAAGACACAAGUUCGCUCUGUACUUCUGUGGCUGCUGUGUCUGGCACUCAUCACACUUCUUUGUUUAUAUGGGAUGAUGUGGUAUGAGCGAAAUAAAAUGCAGAGCUUUCCUCUACAAAGUGAGGACGACGGUGACGGCAGUGUUGUUGACUCAUGUGGUUUUUUCCCAGAUGGUGUUGCAGCUCACAGGGAUUCACAAAGAAGUUUACAACCUACCAAACGAAGGAGAGCUUCUGGGAAAAACAGAUUUGUGAAUGGACAUGGAGGAAAGAAACAAUAAACCAUAGCAACCUACAGCCAACAAGGGGAAUACAGUAUGCACUACAUCUAUUGAACAAUUGUAAAAAUUGCAUCAAGGGCUUAAUAAAACCCAGAAGGCAGAAAGCACACAACAAAGUCACAUCAACAAGCCUUGAUAUACUAUUUGAACUGAUUGAGUCAGAGGCGAAACACCAGUGAGCUGAACAUUGUACAUGUGCAGACUGGGCUGUUGGUUCUCUAGUGCUCUGGUAGCACUAGUCUAUCUUUAUAGGGAUAGUUAAUAUUUAAGUGUGGUUGCAUGAGGUAUAGUGCAUUAGCUACAGUAGAUAGUGAUCAGCACGCAUCCCCCAGUUUGGUGAAGUAGGCUGGAGUAGCGGCAUUAAGCCUAAACAAUGUACUGCAGUGGACAGGGACAGCAUUAAAAGCACCACCUAAAGAAACUAAAAAUGUUCAAGUUUACGUGAAAGGAAUUGAAGCCAUUCUGUGCUUUAUAAUCAUUUAAUUUGUUUGUUGAAUCCUUUAAACACCAAAGUCACACAAUAACACAAACAAACCGAUCUAGGCAGCAGUAGACAAGCAACUCCUGUGUAAUACGAGGUAAAAUUACUGUUUUUUGUUAAUUAAGUCUGGUGGUCUUGAGGAGAACAUGCACAACAGCCUCAGUUUCCAGUUGGAAAAUACUUUUUUUAAUCUAUUUUUUUAGGAAGGUUUUUUUUAUUAAGGUACUGAAACAUGUUUAUGCUGCCUCCAUCCAGUUGUUAGCUCCAUGUCAGGUAACACUGACUAUAGGAAAGUACCUCAUACAACUUCACUUAAAAAAAUCAGAAGUGUCCCAUUUAAUACUGUAUGACAGAAACAAAAUUGAUCAUGUAUUUAAUGUCAGUUGUUUUUAAACAGACCAAGAAAUAUGCACUGGAUUUUGAAAGAGAAGAUGGCCUUAUUUGGACCAUAAACACUACUGUAGAAAGCAUCCUCCUGCACCCAGCAUUUUCUACCUUAUAUCACUAAAUAUUGUUUGGACGCUUUACACUAUGGGACACGUUGAGACAGUGGUGUGCCAAACGAGUCCAAACAACACUGAGUACAUAUAUGUACAUUGACUCUUUUUUACACUUAACCUCUUUGACUGUUGUUUUUUAAUAUUACUGUGUGCUAAAUGUAGUCCUCUUACUGGAAAACUAAAGAUCACAGUUAUUGUUGUCUGUUUUUUUAUGUCAUUUGAAUUGGUUGUGAUUAUUUGUUAUCUUGUUUAUUUAACAUAUUUGUGUUUACAAUAAUAACUGCCAUAAGUGACCAUAUUUUGCACUUAUCCAUAAUACGGUAAAAUACUGGUAUAUGCAGUAUUGUAUACUUUUUAAAAAUCAAAUCAUCAAGAAUGAUGGGGGUUUUUUUCCAUUUCAAAUAAGAGGAACGACCAAGUGUUAUUGAACCAACAGUAGCCUUUACAGUAGAUGCUACCUUUUAAAGCGUUCAUCAUUAUGAUUAAUGGAAUUUAAUUGUUUGUUAUUUUGUGAAUUUUUUAGUGUGUUGGUAAUGAGAGAAAUAAUUGUAUGAUAGUUGUACUGACAGAGAAUACUGUGACAUUCAAUGAAACAACACUGUGGUGACAUUCAAUAGCAGAAGAUAAUCACUUGUGUGAAAAUAUCACUUUCUAUGUGUGAGGUUUUUUUAGUAAUCCCAAUUAAUGAAAUGUGACCUUAAUAUAACACGGUGGGUGACUGGUUGAUAUAAGCUGUUCUUAAUAUUGUUGAAAGAUGCAUUAUAUUUCUUAAAAUGUUUUUCAACUUCCAAGUAAGUUCAUUUUUGCUUGUUGAACUUUUGUUGUUGUUUGAAUGAAUCUUUCUAUUGCACUAGCUUCCCUCUGUCGUUCUAGUGUUUUUAUAAAGCUUUACAUGUCAGACUGUACUGUAUUUAAUAUUACGUUUUGUAAAAUGUGUUAUUAUUAACCUCAUGCACUACUACUAUUACUGAUUUAUAAUUGUAUAUGGGUGGGUUUGCUUGUUUUUCUACACAUAAUUAAAUGAUAACAUAUCA